AUGGUAACAACUUCAUCCUCUGGUGGCACGGGCUCGAGCUUGGCUCGAGCUGCAGUGAUCGUUGCUGGUGUCUCCUCACUAGUUGCCACCCUGCUCUCUUUUGUAUCCAUAUGGCUUCAGACCAAAAACUACCGCAAGCCACUCCUCCAGCGAUACGUUGUUCGUAUAUUAUUGAUGGUCCCCAUAUAUGCUGUAUCCUCUUGGACGAGCAUCAUAUCACUCAAGGCAUCUCUAUGGCUAGCUCCGAUUCGCGACGUUUAUGAGGCCUUUACGAUCUAUACAUUUUUCCAGCUCCUCAUCAACUUCCUCGGCGGCGAAAGAGCAGUUAUCAUCAUGAUGCACGGUCGGCCCCCCGUUCAGCACGCGUGGCCGCUCAAUCACUUUCUGUCCAAAGUCGACAUAUCUGAUCCACACACUUUUCUCGCCGUGAAGCGUGGCAUUCUGCAAUAUACAUGGCUGAAGCCGGUCUUGGCCAUCGUAUCCAUCAUCAUGAAAGCAACAGGAACCUACCAGGAAGGGUACCUGGGCUUAUCAUCCGGCUACCUGUGGACGGGGAUUCUGUACAAUAUUAGCGUUACAAUUAGUCUUUACUCGCUGGCGUUGUUCUGGGUGUGCCUUCACAACGACCUAGCGCCCUUCCGGCCAGUCCCCAAGUUCCUCUGCGUUAAGUUGAUCAUUUUUGCGUCUUACUGGCAAGGGUUCUUUCUGUCGAUCCUCCAAUGGCUUGGAGCGUUACCCAAUGGCACAGGAGACUACACGCCGGACAAUCUUGCCGCUGCAAUCCAAGAUAGCUUGAUCUGCUUUGAGAUGCCCAUUUUUGCGAUUGCGCACUGGCAUGGGUUUUCCUGGCAUGAUUAUGCAGAUCCAAACGUCUCGUCGGCCCGCUUACCAGUGAAGCACGCACUUCGCGAUGCUUUUGGGGCAAAAGACUUGGUCGAGGACACCAAGAUGACUUUGCGAGGCGAGAAUUACGGGUACAGGCUAUUCGAUUCCGGUGAUCAUAUUAUCGCACACGAAGAAUCGGACUCCCGAGUGAAGCGAGUGAUGCAUGGCAUGCGGUACGAGCGGGGCGGGAAAGCGAAAUACUGGAUUCCCAAGCCUGGUGAGGUCAAUAGUCGAACCCCGUUGCUCGCCGGCUCCGAAGGAAGCAGUCGCACCCGACGUACUAGCGCUCUCGAUCGGUAUCGUUCACACAGCGAGACAGAGGAAGUCACCUUGAAUGAGGAUGACGAAAAGCUGUUUGGCCAAGCCCGCGAACUAGAGUUUGGCGACUUUAACUAUCCGGUCAUCACUGCCAAUAUCGUUCCAAGAGACCAACGACUGGCUAGUCCUUCUGCUUCCUCGACUCAGCAGCCCCAGGUGGUGAAGAAGGCGAGGAAAAGUAGAAAGAUCCGUGACUCGAGCAGUGGAACCCAUCAUGUCAGUGAGGACCGUGUCUCCAGAAGUUCGCGGCAAGAGCAACCCGAGAACGUAAAGUCACCUCGACAGGGAACAGAUUCGCCAAAGUCUCCGGGUUCCCAUCGCAGUCAAUUAGUGGACCUUGUGGUAGAAGAUCGAAAGGCGGAGGAAGAAGAGCGCGCACAGGUUCAACGGGCUUUCGGGUCUGUGGCGGUCGAGCCAGAGCACAGGCAUUUCCAUAGACCCUCUGGUGAACCAGUUGACGAACCGCCAGCCACUAAUGACCAGGAUGAAGGCACAAAAUCUACCAGCGAACAGGCAAGGCUACUUGAUCCAGAUGCGAAAGACCAAAGUCCUAAGACGCCUGCUUGGAACUAUGGAGACUUGGACGACGACAAUGUCUGGAGUCGAUAG